AGUGGAUCUCGUGUGCCUUUACCUAUCCUAUCUUUGUUUAACUUUCGACGAAAAACAAGGAUGGAAAUAAUUCCGUGAGCGUUGCGAACGGCAAAUGGAAUUUACUCAAGCCGGAACUCGCUGCUGUUGUGCACAUCCCCUUUACCGCGCUUGUAGCAUGCUGUAAGAGAUUCAAAACCAAAAACUGCGAACAUACUGCCAUGCGUACGAUCAGAUAAUACCGGAGAGAACUGACUGUAUUAUUGUCGAGUACAUAUUUGUUUGAUGAUAAUUUGCUGAACAAAAUGAAGACCAAACCGACUCGUCACAAGGAAGCGAACACCUUUCGGUUAAAACCAUUUUCCGAAAGAGUUGCGGAAAUCGAUGUCGAUGUUUUUCACCGUGUGGCGCAUCGAAAUGAAGACGAUUCGGAAGAUGUUGAAACUUAUUUCCACGAGACGCUUCAAAAAUGGAACGGCCUCAAUCUGACGGACGGUUAUACCGUCUUCAAGAGACAAGUGCGUGAUAUUGUUACGUUGCCUCAAUUGCUUCACGAAAAGCAACGUGUGAUCGAUACGCUUAUGGAAUAUCUGAAGAAACGAGAUUCCUUAUUUUUACAGCCAAUUUUAGAAUUAAUUGUGGCCGUAGCCAAAGAUCUUCGGAAAGAGUUCUACGAAUAUUUUCCAGAAUUCUUAUCUCAAAUGAUCGAUUUGUUGCAAACCAAAGAUUCUGAGCAAAUAGAACAUACGUUUACAGCUUUGGCUUAUCUGUUCAAAUUUCUUUGGCGAUAUCUGAUAAAAAAUGUGAGAGUUGUUGUUUCUCUGUUGCUACCGUUGCUGGCUGACACUCAGCCCGCUUAUAUUAACAGAUUUGCUGCGGAGAGUUUUGCAUUUGUGGUUCGUAAGAUCAGAGAUAAAGAAUCCUUUGUAAAACUGGUUCUACGUAUUUUGAAAGAUAACGAGUGUGGGAUACAAGGUUGUGGAAAGUUGCUGUUCGAGGUUGUAUCAGGCACACCAGGACAAUUUCACUCCUGCGGCGAGCAAAUGUUGUCGCUUUAUUUCGAUGCUCUGAAGGAUGAGUCUGUUGAUCAGAAGCUCGCUUUCGAGGUGUUGGGAGAGAUCGUGACCUGCAUUUUGCAAAACGUACAUCCACAAAAAUGCACCGUUAUGUGGAAUGUAAUAUUGAAGGUGACGGAUGUGUUUGUGGAAAAUUCAAAAUCGUUGGAAUCCUCCGAGAGGGAACAUCCUUUGGUCCUGCUUCUGCGUCUUGUACAUAUCGUUAUCAACUAUAAAAACGGAACGUUCGUGACUGACGUUGUGUCAUUGAUCAAAAGAUUCACUGUUAUUAUUGACACAUCAAGUGAAGACAACAAUAUAUUGGAAGAAGUUUUGAAUGUGUCUGCUGCCGUUCUCUCAGCGUCCGCUGUCAAGAUAAUGCAAGAACAUUCGAGUCACUUACUGUUAAAAAUCAUGGCGGUGAAUAACACGGAAUUGUUGCACUCUACCGUUGAAAAGUUAAUUAACUAUUCGUCGUUCGAAAUUCUGAUAUUACCUCACGUAUUGAAACGAAGCUUCUCUAUCGGAUUUGACGUUAAGACGUUGCUUUUGUUCGGCAAGAUAAUUCUCGCAAAAUCAUCGCCUUGUCUCAGCGGCGUAACUCUGAGCAAAUGGAGAAAGUAUAUUCUAGAUGUACGUAAUAUGAAAACUGAGAACGUGGAUUAUUUCUCGAGAGAAUUGAAAACGCUGUCCACCGAUAACGUUUCGCUCGACGCAAUGAGAAUUUUGUUAAUUUUACCGCAUAUGAAACCGCUGCAAGAAGAGUUUAAAGAGCUUUUGAAGGAUGGAUUACAAUUCUCGUACAAGAAGAUAUUGGAACACGACGGUUGUACCGUGGAAGAUACGUCAGAUGUUAAGAAAACUGCUUUUAUAUUUUUGUUAAUACUGGAAUCGAUGAUACACAUUUCGGAACCGAACGAUCUGCACGAGUUUCUGAUCAAAUCCGACAUAAAACUGCUUGAUCUUGUUAAAAAACAUCACGAUAACAAGUACGUCUUGAACGCGAUAGAUCUUUGCUUAACUUAUUUUGCCGCGUCGGAGCAUCAUUCGUUCUACAUCAACGGUGUGUCGUUUGACACGUUAAACGAUAAUAUAGCGAAGAAAAUGAGUUCGCCCUACGGUGAUGUUCGGUUGAUUGUGUCGCAUAUAUAUUCCUUGUUCUCCAACGUCGAAGAGUUGAGAAAGUCUUCGAGACAAGGUGAUGGUAAAAGCGCCAUGGAACUCGUCUACCUAGUGGAAUCUGAAUCCGUAUCGAUACAAAGUUAUCGAACAAAGUUGUUGCACCUGCAAGCUCUGGGAUUUCGGACCAGCGCGAUAGCCAAUCUAGAUCCGAGGUAUUACGAAUUUCCACUGCGUUGUCUGAUAGGCAAUUUGUUCGUCAAUUUCUCUCUGCUCUGGGAACCCGUGAGCGUGAUAAUAGCCGAUUACGGUAACGCGGAGUGUCCGCAGUUCUGGCCGACGUUUUUAACCGAACUGACGUCCAACAAUGUGCAAUCCACAAUCGAAAGAGAACCAUCGUUCGAUUGUCCGAUCAUCUCGUCUCUGGAAAUGUCGAUAGAAAGACACGACGACAAGCCUGACUUCAAUAAUUACAAGAUUCUUCUUUGGAAGUGUAUGGCGCAUUUCUCGCAUUACGCCGAGACGAAGAACAGAGAUCUAACCGGAUUGUUUAUCGACUUCGUGAACACGAAUUUCUUCAAAUCCAACACCGAAGACGGCAAGUCCCUGUCUCUUCUCUCUUGCAACGUUGAGAAGAAGCGCGAGAAACCGAUCGACGCGACGGAUAACGUGACGGACGACGAAACCGACGACGAGGAUAUUGAAGAAACGAGAGCCACGCAAGCGAACGCCAAAGACAGAAAUCACAAGGUGAAGCUCUUGAUCGCUCAGAUGGAAAUAUUCGACAAGGUGCGGAAUCCGAAAAUGUUGCACAGAGAAGCGGAAAUGCGUCAGAUCUACUUGGACUUGCUUUCUUCGAAAAACGCCGACGUACAGAGAGCCGCUUUGAAUUGUCUCUUCGCGUACAGGUUCAAGUAUCUUUUGCCGUACAAAGACAAUCUCUACAAUUUGGUGAGCGAGAAGAAUCUGAAGAACGAGCUCGCGCGUUUCAAGUUGGACGAAGAGAGCAACAUGAUAGAGAAGGAACAUCGUGACGAUCUCGUGCCGAUUGUAAUGAGAAUAAUCUACGCGAAGAUGAUCAUGAAGACCGGUAUGAGAACCGGCGGGAAAGCCGGUGGAUUCGCACGGCGAAAGCUCAUACUGCGCUUCUUGAGCGGCACGCAGGAGGACGAGAUGAUCGCGUUCGUCAAAAUGGCGUUUAAAUCUUUCAAGUACAUGUCGUCAAACGAGUCGUUAAAUUUGAGACAAUACACCGAGAACAUCGUCAACGCGAUCGAUCUGAGAAACGUUAUGCCGCCCAAACGCAUGCAGAGCGCCGUGAAUCUGCUGACGAUUCUGAUGGAGCAAUUCGGCGGGAAAAUGUGCACGAGAUUGUUACCUUGCUUGUUCAGACUAUUGAUCUGCAUCCUGGCAGAGGUGACCGGCAUUCUGCGGAGAUCGGACGAGGUUUACUCGGGCUAUCUGCUCUCGAUCAAGAACGUGAGGACAAGCUGCAUCGGCGUGCUGGCCAGAUUUUUCACUCACUUCGAGAACUACGAUUGGACGCGGCACGAGAUAGACGCGCUCUACCAAGUCGCGAUAUUUCCCUGGUUACAGAAGUUACCCGUCGAGAGCAUACACAGUCCCACAGCUCUGCUCAAGUUGUUCAUGGCGUGGGGCGAAAAUUCACGGUACUAUCCGCUGUUCGUGAAGUACCGGGAGGGUGACGAAUCGAUCACUCCUCUUCCUUACAUCGUGCAGCUGCUUUUGAAUCCCAAGACGCACCAGUCCGUCGUCAAUGCCAUUCUAGAGAUAAUUGUGAAGAUGUUGACGCUGCAGGAUUACGGCAAGACCGACGAGGACGCGAUGCAGGUGGACGACGUGCCGUUUUUACCUCUGACAUCGGUGCUCACCGACAAUCUGCUCGAGGUGGACAAAACGGCUCUCGCGAACGGCGUCAAUUACGGAUCCGCCGUUCUUCUGCCGCAUAUUCCUCGUAUUCUGGAAUUCAUGAAGAACAAAUUAGCGAGAUCGAACAAGACCGUGAACAAGACCGAGCUGGUCAUAUUGUCGCGCAUUUCCGAAUUCGUCACAGAUGCCGAGACAUGCGACACCGUUGUGAAACUGAUACUGCCCAUACUGAUAAAAAAAGCGGCGUUCGGCGGCAACGAGGAAACCGUCACGAAACUGUUGACGACAGUUAUCAAUCUCCUGAGAAUCGUGAAACAGCCGGAGAUUCAUGUGCGCGCCGUCGCGCCGCUGAUAGGUCUCGUGUCGGACGUGCCCGCUCGCAAACUUCUUCUGCAACUGUUCAGCACAAUUGCCGAGAGAUCGUCGGAGGAUCAUCGCGAGACGAUGACGCGAGAGCGCGACGUUCUGAUGGCCCUUAACGCCUGGGAUCGCAAGUGGAUCGAACAGCCUGAUUUCCAGAAGAGAUUGGACGCUUUCGGAGAGAUCAGCAGAAUGGUCGAGGAAAACGCGAUCACAUUGGAAUUCGGCGUGAUCGCGAUACACAAUUGCUUUUACUUCUUGAAAAACGAGUCGGAUUUAGCGACGAAGGAUUACUCCGGUCAGUGUCUGAAGCUCGUCGGACCGAAACUGGCUAGGCAGCAUCAGAGCGAUGCCGCGAACAGACGUUACCUGAUGGACGACACGAUUCUGGCGCUCACGAGAAAGGGAAUCACGAGCAAGAACGAAACUGUUCGGUUGCAGUCGAUGGCGUUUCUGGGACACAUGACUCUGGAAUGCGCGGACGUGCAUCCGAUCUUGCGCGACUUGUCUCUGCUAGCCAGUCGAACCGAUCCCGAGGUCGAUUUCUUCGAGAAUAUGCAACAUCUGCAGUUGCACAGAAGAGCUCGAGCUUUGUUGAAGUUCUGCAACGUCGCCAAGACUUUAGAGAAACCGUUCAAUCCCAAGACUCUGACGCAAUUUAUUCUUCCUCUUUGCUCGUCGUACUUAUGCAACGAGGCGUUCGUUCACAAGAACAGUCUCAUCGACGCCUCUAUCGAGACUCUCGGAAUGGUGUGCAGACUCUUACCGUGGCAUCACUACGAGAUCAUUCUGAGACAUUAUCUGAGCAAGCUCAGAAGCUCCAUGGAGUUUCAGAAGCAAGUUGUCAGAAUAGUGGUCGCGAUAUUGGACUCGUUUCAUUACGAUCUCUCCAAGUACAAAUCAGAUAUUUCGCUAAGUGAAAUCUCUUCGGUGAAAACCGAAAGUAACAACGCUGUCGUUGGCGAGGAAGAAACUGGCAAAGCGAUCAGCGAAAACGUUGACAAUAUUGUGAGCGCGGAUGUGUUGGAAAUUGAGGAAAAUUUGGACGAAGCGCUGAACAACGAGGAGAACGACGCCGAGAACGUUGAGGAAGUUGCAGAAAAGAGCGAAACGAUGAAAGAAAAUGUGUCGAUAAUCGAGAAACAAACGGUACUUUCUCAGUGCGGGGCGAGAAAAGUUGUGUUCAGCAUAUCGAGGUGCAUGCUGCCUCAGUUACAUCAGUCAAUCGUAGCCAGAACUCGGCACGACAGCAAUCAUAAAAUCAACAAGAAGAAAAUCGCAUCCGAGACGGAAGAGGACGAUUUGCUGCGAGUUCCCAUUGCACUGGCGUUCGUCAAAUUGUUACAGAAGUUGCCCGAGAGUCUUCUAGACGCAAAUCUGCCCGGAAUUUUUAUGAAACUGUGUGUAUUUCUUAAAUCGCGCAUGGAAUCGGUUCGACGUGUAACUCGGGAAAUACUGCAAAAGAUCAUGGUAACAUUGGGACCGAAGUAUCUUCAUUAUCUCUUGAGGGAAUUGAACACGCUGCUGACCAAGGGUUUCCAGGUGCACGUUCUCGCGUACACGGUGCAAUCCGUGCUGGUCGCACUGAAGCCCUAUUUUCAGCAAUUCGACAUUAAUAACAAUUUACAAAGCAUCCUGUCCGUGUGCAAGAUCGAUCUGUUCGGAUUGACCGCGGAGGAAAAGGAGGUGGCCGGUAUUGUCAGAAACGUGUCGGAGGCGAAGAGCACCAAGAGCUACGACAUCUUUCACAUAUUAGCGGAAUUCAUAACGGAUUCGUGUCUGUUGGAUUUGAUACUGCCGUUGAAGGAAGUGCUGAUGAAAACUCAUUCGCACAAAACGAUAUACAAAGUCACGGAGUGUCUGAGAAACGUAACUCUAGGACUCGCGGAUAACGCUUACAUACCGAUGGAACGCAUGCUCGUGUUUCUCUACGGUGUUAUCUCGGACAGUAUACCAAGUCUCACGUCUGAUAAGGAAAACAAAAAACCCACGAAAGAGGAAACGAGAGCCUCGGUGUUGGAGGAAUCCGACUGGUACAUCAUACCGCCGGAACCCAAGAACAGAAUGGGUUUUAAAACCGCGGCUAGAACCACCAAGCACACCAAUGUUCACGUAAUUAUAGAAUUCGGUCUGAAAUUGUAUCACAUACUGUUGAAACGGGACAAAGUCUCCAGUUCGGAGUACAAAUCUUAUUUAGAACCUUUCGGAUUGGUUUUGAGCAAUUGUUUGGAUUCUCAGUACGUUCAGUUAAGUACUGUCGCGUUACAAUGUCUGAACUGGAUGCUCAAGAUGGACUUGGCGUCGAUACAAUCGUCGAUGUCGAAAAUCUGCAACGCCAUGUUCGAGAUUCUGCACAAAUACGCUGCCCCGGGAUUGAGCAAGGGAAAUAAUUUCGAUCUCGUGAUGGCCACGUUCAAGUGCAUGUCCGUGAUCGUUCGCGACGUGAAGCACUUCAACAUCAGCGCCGAUCAACUCAAGAUUCUCAUUUUGCACGCGGAGCAAGAUCUUUACGACACGGACAAGCAAGCCUCCGCGUUUACCUUGCUCAAGGCCAUAAUUCAUCGGAAGAUGAUCGUUCCCGAAAUGUACGCCGUUAUGGACAAAGUAGCGAUGCUGAGCAUCACCUCGGAAUUGGAACACGUCAGGUUGCAAUCGCGUUCCGUGUUCUAUUCGUAUCUGAUGGAAUAUCCUCUGGGUAAACACUUGGAAAAACACAUAUCUUUUUAUCUCACCCAACUGAGUUACGAGGUUCAAACGGGCCGAUUGAGCGCGCUGGAAAUGAUCCACACUAUCGUCACGGGAUUUCCGUUGAAAACUCUGAUAAGCAGAGUCGGCAUUAUAUUCUUGAUGACCGGUUCGCGAUUGGUGAACGACGACGAUCCGACUUGCCGCAAACUCUGCGCAAAGUGUAUAAAGGAAAUGCUCGUCCGUAUACCGCCUAACGAAAGAAACAAACUAUUCGACUUGAUUCUUCAGUGGCUAAGCGAAACCAAAAUAAUACACCGAACAUUGGCGGCGCAGUUGUGCGGUAUAUUUGUAACUGUGGAAAAAAACGACUUCGACUCGCGAUUGAUCAAACUGUUGCCGUUGUUGUUGAAGCAGUUCCAGACUUCUCACAAGGAACAACCGAAAAAAUUCGCGAGGCUAAACAAAGCGUUUCGCAUAGCAAAAAAUUCCAUAUCGAAGGAUCCGGAAAGAAUGAAGGACCAUCAUUUAUAUCAGGUGUUACAGUUGCUGUUGAAAAUAUCGGCGUACUGCACGUCCUUUCUUACGAGCGAGAAGUACAAGGACUCCGUCAGCUCGUUUGCUGAAUACGGUCAAUCUUUGUUGGCUCAUCCGCACAUCUGGGUUCGACUGGGGGCCGCACAGUUGAUCGGUUUUAUUCUGGCCGCUCUUGACGUUGAUAAAAUUGUAGAGCUCUUGAAUAAUCCAGAGAACGACAACGCGAAAGAGGGCUACAUGUAUUCGAAACCUAUUGACACUCUGCGGAGUUUGGUUUUAGAUCUAAUAGCGCAACUCCAUCCGGACAUGACGUUCGAGGAGUUAGCGGAUCAAGUUGUGAAGAAUUUAAUCUUCACAACAAAGAUAUUAAAAUCAAUCGAAGAAUCCGCAAGUAAAAGUGACGACGAUGAUGCAAAUGAAACGAAGGAUAGUAACAAUUUGUCUCUUCUCUGGCUCAUCAGAAAACUGAGAAGAGCUGUUAAUGUGGAAAUAACACAAGCUCCUAAAUCAACAUCAGUGCGAACUGCGGUGUUCAAGUGCAUUGCGGGAAUAUUGGCCACAGUACCUGUGGAGUAUCUGAACGGAAUACUCUUCAAUAUCAUGUCUCCAUUGGUGCGAGAGAUAGCCACGACAGAAGAAACGAACGCAGAAUUAUUACGCCGACUUGCCAAAGAAGUAGCUGCUAUGAUUAAAAAGUCCAUAGGAAACGAGGAAUAUACUAAAUUAUUGAAUCGAGUGCAACAGAAGUUCGAUAUUAAGAGAGCGGAAAGAAGAAAAGUUCGCACACAACAGUUCGUGACUAAUCCCGAGCUGGCGGCCAAGCGUAAAUUGANUAGACAACAAAAGAAAAAAGAGGCGAAGAAAAGAAAAUUAGACAAUAUAAGAGGAAACAAACCAGUAAAAAAACGUAAGAAGAAAGUAGAGUCAGAUGAAGUGUAACUCUCUCUAAUAAGUUGCGUGUGAUUGUGCGCGAUGUGUGUGUAAAUAAAUAAAAUUAAAAAAUAUAAAUGAAUACAAAUUUAUAUACAUUUUUAUAGAAUUUGUAAAAUGUACAUUUCCACGUGUGAUGAAUUUUUUUAGAUAUUAAAUUUUACACCGACUGUAUACUUGUACAUAAAUUUUAUUAUAUUAAUUAGAUAAGCUCGUGAAAAAAAGAGAAUAUUCAGGUUCCAAAGUUAGCGCGAUUAAUAUAUAGGUUAGUCUUGUAUAUAUGUAUCAAUACAAAUGAUCAAAA